UUAGACCUUAUCCUUAUCUCUGGUUAAAACGUGGAGAGUCAAACACGUAAACCAUUACAUAGAGAGAGAGAAGCAUGAAGGCUAAGUCUUCUCUCGCCUCAAACAUCACUUCAUUUAACUUCUUACACCAAGGACUACCAUAAUGGCUUUAAUGAAACAGAUCUUCAUCCUGUGUUUGCUGGGAGGAGCUGCGGUGGGGCUGAAUGCAACAGAUACUACCCCUACUGACACAACUGAGGCCACUACCAUAGCCUCUACUGAUUCAGCUGACAUAACUGAAGCCACUACUAUAGCCUCUACUGAUUCAACUGACAAAACUGAAGCCUCUACCGAAGCCUCUACUGAUUCAACUGACACAACUGAAGCCUCUACCGAAGCCUCUACUGAUUCAACUGACACAACUGAAGCCACUACCGUAGCCUCUACUGAUUCAACUGACACAACUGAAGCCUCUACCGAAGCCUCUACUGAUUCAACUGACACAACUGAAGCCUCUACUGAUUCAACUGACACAACUAAAGCCUCUACCGAAGCCUCUACUGAUUCAACUGACACAACUGAAGCCACUACCGAAGCCUCUACUGACACAACUGACACAACUGAAGCCUCUACUGAAGCCUCUACUGAUUCAACUGACACAACUGAAACCCCUACCGAAGCCUCUACUGAUUCAACUGACACAACUGAAACCCCUACUGAAGCCUCUACUGAUUCAACUGACACAACUGAAACCCCUACCGAAGCCUCUACUGACACAACUGACACAACUGAAGCCUCUACUGAUUCAACUGACACAACUGAAGCCUCUACUGAUUCAACUGACACAACUGAACCCCCUACCGAUGCCUCUACUGAUUCAACUGACACAACUGAAGCCACUACCGAAGCCUCUACUGACACAACUGACACAACUGAAGCCUCUACUGAAGCUUCUACUGAUUCAACUGACACAACUGAACCCCCUACCGUAGCCUCUACUGAUUCAACUGACACAACUGAAGCCUCUACCGAAGCCUCUACUGAUUCAACUGCCACAACUGAAGCCUCUACUGAUUCAACUGACACAACUAAAGUCUCUACCGAAGCCUCUACUGAUUCAACUGACACAACUGAAGCCACUACCGAAGCCUCUACUGACACAACUGACACAACUGAAGCCUCUACUGAAGCCUCUACUGAUUCAACUGACACAACUGAAGCCACUACCGAAGCCUCUACUGAUUCAACUGACACAACUGAAACCCCUACUGAAGCCUCUACUGAUUCAACUGACACAACUGAAACCCCUACCGAAGCCUCUACUGACACAACUUCUACUGAUUCAACUGACACAACUGAAGCCACUACCGAAGCCUCUACUGACACAACUGACACAACUGAAGCCUCUACUGAAGCUUCUACUGAUUCAACUGACACAACUGAACCCCCUACCGAAGCCUAUACUGAUUCAACUGACACAACUGAAACCCCUACCGAAGCCUCUACUGAUUCGACUGACACAACUGAAGUCUCUACUGAUUCAACUGACACAACUGAAGUCUCUACCGAAGCCUCUACUGAUUCAACUGACACAACUGAAACCCCUACCGAAGCCUCUACUGAUUCAACUGACACAACUGAAGCCACUACCAUAGCCUCUACUGAUUCAACUGACACAACUGAAGCCUCUACUGAUUCAACUGACACAACUGAACCCCCUACCGAAGCCUCUACUGAUUCAACUGACACAACUGAAACCCCUACCGAAGCCUAUACUGAUUCAACUGACACAACUGAAACCCCUACUGAAGCCUCUACUGAUUCAACUGACACAACUGAAGUCUCUACUGAUUCAACUGACACAACUGAAGUCUCUACCGAAGCCUCUACUGAUUCAACUGACACAACUGAAACCCCUACCGAAGCCUCUACUGAUUCAACUGACACAACUGAAGCCACUACCAUAGCCUCUACUGAUUCAACUGACACAACUGAAGCCUCUACCGAAGCCUCUACUGAUUCAACUGACACAACUGAAGCCUCUACCGAAGCCUCUACUGAUUCAACUGACACAACUGAAGCCUCUACUGAUUCAACUGACACAACUGAAACCCCUACUGAAGCCUCUACUGAUUCAACUGACACAACUGAACCCCCUACCGAUGCCUCUACUGAUUCAACUGACACAACUGAAACCCCUACUGAAGCUUCUACUGAUUCAACUGACACAACUGAAACCCCUACUGAAGCCUCUACUGAUUCAACUGACACAACUGAACCCCCUACCGAAGCCUCUACUGAUUCGACUGACACAACUGAAGUCUCUACUGAUUCAACUGACACAACUGAAGUCUCUACUGAAGCCUCUACUGAUUCAACUGACACAACGGAAACCCCUACCGAAGCCUCUACUGAUUCAACUGACACAACUGAAGCCACUACCAUAGCCUCUACCGAUUCAACUGACACAACUGAAGCCUCUACUGAUUCAACUGACACAACUGAACCCCCUACCGAAGCCUCUACUGAUUCAACUGACACAACUGAAAUCUCUACUGAUUCAACUGACACAACUGAAGUCUCUACCGAAGCCUCUACUGAUUCAACUGACACAACUGAAGCCACUACCAUAGCCUCUACUGAUUCAACUGACACAACUGAAGCCACUACCAUAGCCUCUACUGAUUCAACUGACACAACUGAAGCCUCUACCGAAGCCUCUACUGAUUCAACUGACACAACUGAAGCCUCUACCGAAGCCUCUACUGAUUCAACUGACACAACUGAAGCCUCUACUGAUUCAACUGACACAACUGAAACCCCUACUGAAGCCUCUACUGAUUCAACUGACACAACUGAAGCCUCUACCGAAGCCUCUACUGAUUCAACUGACACAACUGAAGCCUCUACCGAAGCCUCUACUGAUUCAACUGACACAACUGAAGCCUCUACUGAUUCAACUGACACAACUGAAACCCCUACUGAAGCCUCUACUGAUUCAACUGACACAACUGAAACCCCUACCGAAGCCUCUACUGAUUCAACUGACACAACUGAAGUCUCUACCGAAGCCUCUACUGAUUCAACUGACACAACUGAAACCCCUACUGAAGCCUCUACUGAUUCAACUGACACAACUGAAACCCCUACCGAAGCCUCUACUGAUUCAACUGACACAACUGAAACCCCUACCGAAGCCUCUACUGAUUCAACUGACACAACUGAAACCCCUACUGAAGCCUCUACUGAUUCAACUGACACAACUGAAACCCCUACCGAAGCCUCUACUGAUUCAACUGACACAACUGAAGCCACUACCAUAGCCUCUACCGAUUCAACUGACACAACUGAAGCCUCUACUGAUUCAACUGACACAACUGAAGUCUCUACCGAAGCCUCUACUGAUUCAACUGACACAACUGAAACCCCUACCGAAGCCUCUACUGAUUCAACUGACACAACUGAAACCCCUACCGAAGCCUCUACUGAUUCAACUGACACAACUGAAACCCCUACCGAAGCCUCUACUGAUUCAACUGACACAACUGAAACCCCUACGGAAGCCUCUACUGAUUCAACUGACACAACUGAAACCCCUACCGAAGCCUCUACUGAUUCAACUGAAACCCCUACGGAAGCCUCUACUGAUUCAACUGACACAACUGAAGCCUCUACUGAUUCAACUGACACAACUGAAGUCUCUACCGAAGCCUCUACUGAUUCAACUGACACAACUGAAACCCCUACCGAAGCCUCUACUGAUUCAACUGACACAACUGAAACCCCUACUGAAGCCUCUACUGAUUCAACUGACACAACUGAAACCCCUACCGAAGCCUCUACUGAUUCAACUGACACAACUGAAGCCACUACCAUAGCCUCUACCGAUUCAACUGACACAACUGAAGCCUCUACUGAUUCAACUGACACAACUGAAGUCUCUACCGAAGCCUCUACUGAUUCAACUGACACAACUGAAACCCCUACCGAAGCCUCUACUGAUUCAACUGACACAACUGAAACCCCUACCGAAGCCUCUACUGAUUCAACUGACACAACUGAAACCCCUACCGAAGCCUCUACUGAUUCAACUGACACAACUGAAACCCCUACGGAAGCCUCUACUGAUUCAACUGACACAACUGAAACCCCUACCGAAGCCUCUACUGAUUCAACUGAAACCCCUACGGAAGCCUCUACUGAUUCAACUGACACAACUGAAGCCUCUACUGAUUCAACUGACACAACUGAAGUCUCUACCGAAGCCUCUACUGAUUCAACUGACACAACUGAAACCCCUACCGAAGCCUCUACUGAUUCAACUGACACAACUGAAACCCCUACCGAAGCCUCUACUGAUUCAACUGACACAACUGAAACCCCUACCGAAGCCUCUACUGAUUCAACUGACACAACUGAAGUCUAUACCGAAGCCUCUACUGAUUCAACUGACACAACUGAAACCCCUACCGAAGCCUCUACUGAUUCAACUGACACAACUGAAACCCCUACCGAAGCCUCUACUGAUUCAACUGACACAACUGAAACCCCUACCGAAGCCUCUACUGAUUCAACUGACACAACUGAAACUCCUACCGAAGCCUCUACUGAUCCUACUGAUACAACUGAAGCCACUACUGAUUCAACUGACACAACUGAAACUCCUACCGUAGUCUCCACUGAUCCUACUGACACAACUGAAGCCCCUACCGUAGUCUCUACUGAUUCUACUGACACAACUGAAGCCCCUACCGUAGUCUCUACUGAUCCUACUGACACAACUGAAGCCCCUACCGUAGUCUCUACUGAUCCUACUGACACAACUGAAGCCCCUACCGUAGUCUCUACUGAUCCUACUGACACAACUGAAGCCCCUACCGUAUUCUCUACUGAUCCUACUGACACAUCUGAAGCCCCUACCGUAGUCUCUACUGAUCCUACUGAUUCCUCUACUAACCCAACGGAAGCUCCUACUGAUGCAUCUACUGGUUCAACUGAUGCCUCUACUGACACAACUAAUGCGCCUACUGGCUCAACUGAUGACCCUACUGGCACUACAGAAGCCCCUACUACAUCAACCGAAGACACAGCAAUGACUUCAACCACUAGAAAACCAGGUUUCUGUACAUUGAAGCCCUGCCCGCCAGAAAGCACCUGUGAGGAACGAUUUGAAGGCCGCAUGUGUUUGUGUCGCUCAGGAUUAGUCUACAGUGAAGAGCUAAAUACCUGUUCUCUUGCAAAGACUUUCCCCAGUGAUUUAAAAUUUAAUAUGGAUUUUAAAGAGGAUAUGUUAAACCGCUCAUCUAAAGAAUUCAGAGAAACAGCCGAUCUAAUAAUUAAAGGGAUCAAUGAAAGUUUCAGUGAAAAUUUCCAGUCAGGGUAUAUUGGAUCUGUAGUUUUAAGUCUAAGGAGGGGCAGUGUGAUCGCAGACGUGAUGAACUUUUUUGAAGUUUUGGCAGAUGUUUCUGAAGACACAAUAACAGAGGCAUUGAAAAACGUGACUGUUAACAACAUCCCAGCCAGUGUUGAUUUAAAGAGUUUAUGCGUUACUGGAUACUGUGAGAACAGGACCACAACUUGCGACAAAAGAGAUGGUCUUUACAGUUGCACUUGCCUCGAAGGACAUAUAAAAUCAAUAUCAACAAAUCGGUCAUGCUUUGCCUGUCUCAGUGGUGAGAAAGCAGUGGACUCAGACUACUGUGAAGCAUGUCCUUUUGGUUAUACUGGUUUCAACUGUAAUGAAUCAUAUCUCUUGGCUGUGGUCAUUGUCUCAACUGUUCUGGGCACGGUGUUACUUGUUGCCAUUGUGGCUUUCAUAGUUACGCAGAGUUUAAGAUGGUCAGAGAAAGGAGGCUCAUCGAAAGAUGAUAAGGAUAUGUUCAGUGAUAUGGAGUUCCAUAAACCUCCCAGAAUCCCACGGGCCAAAUCUAGUCCUAGCUGGAGAGCAGCCAAUCUGGAACCAUCAAACAGUGGAAGCAUGCAUUCUCUGGUGACCAAAGAUGCGCCAGUGACUAUAGAGAUGGGGAGAUACAAUUACUCCUAUAGUGACGACUUGGGACGAUAUAGGACUCGAACUCCAUCCAGGAAUGGAAAUGCCAGUGGGAAUGGAUAUAGCAAUGGAAAUGCUUAUGAGGAUCGGAAUGCUUAUAGGAAUGGGAAUGCCUAUGGGAAUGGGAGUGCUUAUGGGAGUGGGAAUGCUUACGGGAGUGGAAAUGCCUAUGGGAAUGGAAGUGCAUAUGGGAGUGGGAGAGCAUAUGGGAAUGGGAAUGCUUAUGGAAAUGGAAAUGCUUAUGGGAAUGGGAAGACCUAUGGGAGUGAAAAUGCUUAUGGAAAUAUCUAUGGGGCCAGGGCAGUGAGUAACAGCUCCAGAGGAACAAGCAACCCAAACUAUGAUCCAGAUGAUGUCAGAAUCCGCAGAUAUUAAUGCUAUACAAAAUAAACACAUGUAGGCCCAAUGUUAACAUGUUAAACAUAACUGAAGGCCUUUACAGUCACUUGGAUGUUCCCAUGGAAAAUUCUAACCAGAGGCCACUGGUCACAAUCAUUUCCACUCACCACACUGUCCACUGUGGGAGCUAAUGCCUGGCUCCCAGUACAUAUGUGACACUGUAAAUCAAGAGAUGUUAAAAGACUGCAUAACUCUGGAAAUGGAAUGUCCCAUUCACACUUUGCCAUGAUCAUCUUACUCAAAAAGGUAGCACCUUGCAGCUUAUAGAGGAGUUUGCAUUCCUAAGAAGUGCCCUGAUAUAAAGUAUUAGCUUUAAAUUCCAGUAUUCCAAUUCCAAAAAAACACCAGUGCUUGCAGAAACAGAUUAACAAUAACUAGAAGUACACUUGGUCUUAAAGGUAUUUGCACAUAUGUAGAACAAAAAAGUGUGUGUAUGCUUGUGCAUUUCAGCAUAUGUAUGAUGUCAAGUAUUGCAAGAUCAAUGUAUGUGAUUGUAUGUCAAAAAUGUGAACUUGAUAAAAUGAAUGUUUUGUUCAGGGAUUUCAGUAGCUCUCAUUUUUUAUAUGCGGUUUCUUAAAAAAAAUCACAACUGCUUAGAUUAAGAUGAACACUGUUUCUUUCCUUAUUUAUACUAUAUAUGUAUUUUUUUAAGAUUUAAUAUUGCCUAGACUGGAUCUUAGGUAUAAAAACAAGACUUCAGUGGACUCGUCAAUGACACCACAGCGGAGCUUGACUGUAACAUUAUGUAAACUUUGUAAAAUGUCUUAAAAAGCUUGAAUUUUGUGGAAGAGAUGAGCUUUGAAUAAAUUAUGAAACUAAAGAAAUA